AUGGAAGCUGCAGUGGCUGCUAGACAGAGUAAAAGGCUUAUGCACAAGACUCGGAUUUUCCAAUUUAGGGAUGAGAAUGAGUAUGAGGUUAGGAUUACAAAUUUGAAAGAUAGGGAUGAAGCUUACGGGGUUGCAGAUCUCAUAGAUGCUGAAGGCAAGCAAUGGAAGAAGGAGUUGGUGGCUGCUAUGUUUAAGGAAGAUGAAGCUGUUGUUGCACACAAAAUCCCUAUCAGCGUAGUUGGCUCUAGAGAUAGAUUGAUAUGGCUGGGUACCAAAGAUGGAUCUUUUUCAUUUCAAGAUGUCCAGCUUGGUUCUAAAGCUACAUCUAGUGUGUCAACAUCACAUAAUAUGAGUUGGGCUCCACCUCCUUUUGGUCAAGUCAAGAUUAAUUGGGAUGCUGCCUUAUCUGAGUCUAAGGGAAGAGCAGGGUAUGGUAUUGUUGCUAGGGACCAUGAGGGUCGGGUUCUUGCUACUAAGAAGUUUUCAAGGCCUAGUUUAUUUGAUCAUCUGCUGGCAGAAUCACAGGAAGCCUUUUUUGCUACUAGUUUGGCACUUGAAAUGGGGCUGAGAUUAGUUAUCUUGGAAGGUGAUUCACGACAAGUUGUUCUUGGUCUUCAGCAGCAAAAGGAUAGAGUUGAUGGAGUUGGAAUGAUACUUAGUGAUACCAAGGCUCAACUUUCAAAUCUUGGUAAUUGGAGAGUUGUUUUUUGUUAA